GGGGGCGCGUGAGUGUGACUGUGAGUUGCGUUGUUAAACUGGGCACACUGCUGCUCCAGUCUAAAUCUCAGGAGUUAGGGGUUUCCUAUCAGAGAAGUCCUUGGUGGUGCUGGAGACUCCCCAGUGUGAGAAGCAGGACAAACUAAUUAACUGUCACAACCCCUUGAGAAGCACUUUCAAACUCCAAUUUCAUCUAAAGAGUGCCCAUAACCCUCCUCAGUGGAACGCUAAUGUCAUUACAAGGUGAACAAACAUUCUGGGGCACUUUUGGUGACUUGGGACCGAGAAAAGUACCACGAUGACAGGCCAACUACACCAGAGACUAUUGUUUUGGUUCAUUGCGUUGGUGGGCAUCGGAUUGUUGGCGUUAAUUGUGGUAUGUGUGGCUCUGCAGAUUCAGGUGCCAUGGCAAGUGAUGACCUUCCAAAGCUUCACUCUAAAAAGGUAUACCGGGUAUGACAUCAAUAACACUUUGGACUACCACCCAUCUGCUGAGAAUGAACUGUACAUUGCUCAAGAACUAAAGCACAAAUCUGCCCAGCAAUCAGAUCUUCAGGAUUUUCCAUUAUCAGACAACUCAAAGCCUGAUCAUGCAAAUUCAAACUCCUUAAAACCAGUGCCAAAUAAUGAGACAAAAUCAUACAAAUCAGCAAAACCCACCGAACCAGACUUUUUUGGUGACCAGUAUGCCAUAGAUGAUGUUCCUUCACAAACAAACUGUCCGAGCAGUAUUAAAAAACAUGUAUCUCAGACUGCAUUUGCUGAAAUAUUCCUCCAAAGCAUUCCAGUCCUUCAGUGGGCAAAGCAUUUCACUCCAGAACAGUACCGACGGUUGAGUCGCUACGGAGGAGCGCAUGGCUGGGGAAGUGUUGAUGUCGAAGUGUUGAAGAGCUCGCUGGGAAUUUUAAAUACAACCGCAAAUCGGUUAAUGUUUGACGACUGGGAGCAGAGAAAGAACAGAUCACAGUGCGUCCGCUGUGCCGUGGUGGGAAACGGCGGCAUUCUGAAUGGUUCAAGGAAAGGCAAGGAGAUCGAUGAACAUGACUACGUCUUCAGGGUGAAUGGUGCGAUUAUUAAGGGGUUUGAGAAGGAUGUGGGAUCAAGGACAUCAUUUUAUACAUUUUCCACUAACACCAUGCGAAACUCCAUGCGUAGCUAUGCUGGCCUAGGCUACAGGGGACCACCCGUAACUGAGGAAACUAGAUACAUUUUCCUGCCAGAUCAUGACAGAGAUUACAUACUUAUGAAGGCAGCUUCCACACACACAAUAAUUGAGAAAGGCCCUGAGCGCAGCAAAACACCACCUACAUACUUCGGGGAAGAUGUGACAGUAGAAAAAUUCAAAAUAUACCACCCAGACUUUAUCCGUUACCUUAGAAACAGAUUUCUGCAUUCGCAUAUUUUGAAAACGGGUGCGAGAAGGAUUUACAGGCCGUCCACAGGAGCAGUAAUGCUUCUGGCAGCUAUUCAUACAUGUGACCAGGUAGAUGCUUAUGGGUUCAUGACUCCUGACUACAAUUUUUACUCAGACCAUUACUAUGACAAACAACAACAUCCAGUGCGUUUCUAUGCCAAUCAUGACAUGAAAAUGGAAAUGAAGGUGUGGCAACAGCUGCAUCAAGCCGGACUGAUGAAUCUCUACAUGCGCCACUCAGCGCAAAAGGAUGGACGCUAGUCUUUGUACAAGAUGUUAUUCGCCCAUCUGUAUUUGCUAUUUUUACUAUUGACGAUGAAUAUCAGUUUUAAUGUUUUUUUAUAUUGUUUAAAGGGGUCAUGACAUGAGAAACCAAAUUUGCCUUGAUCUUUUGGUAUAUAAGAGGUCUUUGUAUCAUUAAAACGUCCUGCAAGUUUAAUAUUUUAAGACGUCCUCCCCAUUCUAAACGAAUCAUUUAUUUAAUCAAACUCAAAAUACAGCUCGUUCUGGAUUCAUGGUUAGAAGUGACGUGUCGGUUAGAAGUGACGUACCAGCGUUUGCAUAUGACCGCCUCCAGCACAAGAUAACUACGCUUUAAGCGCAAGACAACUACGCUCAUUUCAGUA